UCAUUCGGUCGCGCAGAGUUGGCCGUAGCUGUACAGUGGUUGGGGGGAGGCGAGAAGUGGGGGAGCUGGGGCAAAGAUCAUGCAGAACAGCGAGAGGUUUCCUGGGCAGCAGAGGCCGCUGGGCUGGCGAUGAAAGAAGUAGGGCAGAUGCAAAAUCUGGAGAGCGAGGCGGCCGGACGGUCAGUCAGCACCCAGACUGGCAGCAUGACCGGUGAAAUACCAAGGCUUUCUAAAGUCAACCUUUUCACUCUGCUCAGUCUCUGGAUGGAGCUCUUCCCAGCAGUCAAAAAUCAAAGACAAAAGUCUCAGGAAAGGGAGGAAGGAAAGCAUGGACCCUUCGGAGAUAAUGAAGAGAUGGCAAGAGUAUCUACUGACAAAAAACAGGUGAAGAGAACUGGUCUUGUGGUGGUGAAAAACAUGAAAAUUGUUGGUCUCCACUGUUCAAGUGAAGAUUUACAUGCUGGGAAAAUCGCUCUGAUAAAACAUGGGUCAAGGUUGAAAAACUGUGAUCUUUAUUUUUCCAGAAAACCAUGUUCUGCUUGUUUGAAAAUGAUUGUAAAUGCUGGAGUUAACCGAAUUUCAUAUUGGCCUGCUGAUCCAGAAAUAAGCUUGCUUACUGAGGCUUCUAGUUCUGAAGAUGCAAAGUUAGAUGCCAAAGCAGUGGAAAGAUUGAAGUCAAACAGUCGGGCCCAUGUGUGUGUCUUACUUCAGCCUUUGGUGUGUUAUAUGGUGCAGUUUGUAGAGGAGACCUCUUACAAAUGUGACUUUAUUCAAAAAAUUUCAAAAACAUUGCCGGACACUACCAUUGACUUUUAUUCUGAAUGUAAACAAGAAAGAAUAAAAGAAUAUGAAAUGAUAUUUUUGGUUUCCAGAGAAGAAAUGCAUAAGCAAAUACUGAUGACUAUAGGUUUGGAGAACCUGUGUGAAAAUCCGUACUUUAGCAACCUAAGACAAAACAUGAAAGACCUUAUCCUGCUUUUGGCCACAGUAGCUUCCAGUGUGCCCAACUUUAAACACUACGGAUUUUAUUGUAGCAAUACCGAACAGAUUAAUGAAAUUCACAAUCAGAGUUUGCCGCAAGAAAUUGCAAGGCACUGCAUGAUUCAGGCCAGGUUAUUGGCAUAUCGAACUGAGGAUCAUAAAACAGGAGUUGGAGCAGUCAUCUGGGCAGAAGGAAAAUCUAGAAGUUGUGAUGGAACAGGAGCAAUGUACUUCAUAGGAUGUGGUUAUAAUGCUUUUCCUGUUGGAUCUGAGUAUGCUGACUUCCCGCACAUGGAUGACAAACAGAAAGACAGAGAAAUAAGGAAAUUCAGAUACAUUGUACAUGCAGAACAGAAUGCCUUGACAUUUAGGUGUCAAGAGAUAAAACCAGAAGAAAGAAGUAUGAUUUUUGUGACAAAGUGCCCGUGUGAUGAAUGUGUACCUUUAAUUAAAGGUGCGGGCAUAAAACAAAUCUAUGCAGGGGAUGUAGAUGUUGGAAAAAAGAAGGCAGACAUCUCUUACAUGAGAUUUGGGGAACUUGAAGGUGUUAGCAAAUUUACAUGGCAACUGAAUCCAUCAAGAACUUGUGUUCUUGAGCAAAAUGAGCCUGAAAGCAGAGAGAAUGGUGUGUUGGGGCCCAUACCCCAGGAUGAAGAACAGCACCAAAACAAGAAGCUGCGUCUUGCAAACCACUAAGAAGUCUUGUCUGAACUGGGGUGAAGACCUCAAGAAUUUUUAUUGCACUUUUAAAAUCCAGCCUUGUUAACUCAGAAAAUAAGAAUGGAUUUUGGAUAUAAUUGAAAAAAAUUUUUAAAGAAAGCUAAUUUAUUACUAGCAUAUGAAUGAUAUUAAUGAGAAUAUUUUUAUUUUAGAUUUGUGUGUUUUCCAGAGUAUAGUGGUGGGUUUUUUAAUUACACUGAAUGAGGUAUCCAUAAUUUAAUGAGACCAGUUCAAUCGGCCAUACAGAUUGAUUUCUCCUUGUCUUAGCUUUACGUUAACUAGUUUGAAAGGGACUGGUUUAUUGGAGCACACAUCUCAGCAGAGAAUUACACACCUUUUCAGAAAUAUUAAUUUUUUAAAAUAAAUUUAUUUUAUUUAUUUAUUAUUUUUGGCUGCGUUCGGUCUUCGUUGCCGUACGCGAGAUCUCUCUAUUUGAGGCGAGUGCGGGCUACUCUUCAUUGCGGUGCGCGGGCUUCUCAUUGCGGUGGCUUCUCUUGUUGCGGAGCAGGGGCUCUAGGCGCGCGGGCUUCGGUACUUGUGGCUCGCAGGCUCUAGAGCGAAGGCUCAGUAGUUGUGGCACACAGGCUUAGUUGCUCUGUGGCAUGUGGGAUCUUCCCAGACCAGGGCUUGAACCCAUGUCCCCUGCAUUGGCAGGCGGAUUCUUAACCACUGCGCUACUAGGGAAGCCCAGAAAUAUUAAUUCUUUUGGAUUAUGAAGGUGAUAAUUAGUAAAGUACUCCAGGAAGAUAAACGGCAACCUGGCCAUUUUUAAGUCAGUGUGUGGCUCACCAAAAGUUCCCAUUUAUACUCAAAGCUUUCUAAUAAUCAGGAUUUACUUAAUUAGGAGUCAUAAAAAUGAAGUUGGUAGACCUGGUCUCCAUUAUAAAAGUACAUUCCUAACAAGGUUAUUAAUUUUUCUUCAGUCUUUCGAUAUGUAGAAAUCAUGAUCAUUUGUUGGACUAGGGUGUUUUUAUAUCACUGAUUUUGGGUAGCAAAAGGAAGAGAAUAUAAUUCUGAGACAGUAUUACUAUUUGAUAUCACUGACUCUUGAAACCACUAACAACAAACUUCAAAUUUGGUUGUGAUGUUAACAGAGAAGAAAUAUUUUAGUCUGGAAUACUGAAACUAGCCUUUUUCAAGUUCCAUUCAUAAAUGCUGCCCAUUAUUCCCUCCAUAUAAUUAGCACAGAAUGUCUCAUGGCUUUGAAUGGAAAGCCUUAUAAAAACAUUUGCAAACCUUAAGAAUACUGAAAGUCUUGAAAGUAAACAUUAUGGUCAGUUCAGUUAUUUUCCAAAUUGCUCUCCGUGAGUCCUCUCAUUUUUAUUUGCUGAGAAACUUUCAGAAAAUUAGCCCAAAGAUGAAGGUACAUGUUUUCUACUUUCCUAGAGUUAGAGAGGGAUUUGCAUGGCCUGUGGCCUGCAGGCCUGGGGCGUGACAUGCUGAGGAAUGACUGCCCUGGCUAUAUGCGGGCCAUCAGGUUCGCCUCUGCUGUUGCCCUCUUUCCAGGGCAUCACAUAUCAUCGCAAGGCCUCCUGUCAGUUUCUCAGAAUUUUACACAGGACAAUCCACAUGCUGACCGAUGUCCCUGCUUGGACAGCAGCGUGCUUAGGUCCUCUGGGACUUUAGUCAUCAUACCUGGCAGUUGAGAACUGCUGUAAACAUUUCACCACAGAUGUAGGACAUGGAAUAGAGAGGGAUGGGAGGAAAGGUGCCUUUAGAGGUAACUAAGGCUAAUUUGAAAACCAGUGGUUAAGCUAUUCUUUAACAUUUAUCGACAUUAAAUAUUGAGAUUUGCUUACAUUAUGCUUAAGUUCAUCUUAUAUGAUAUGUUGUUUUCAACUGAUAUGUCAGCUACAUCAACUAUUUUGUAAAUCAAUCAGCAAAUGUUUUGCCAGUUUUGUGGACUUAUGUGUUGGACAUAGUGGGGAAUAUCAGAAGGGAGAAACAUACAAGUGGGAAGAGCUAUGAUUAGGAAAUGGAAAACUGGUUAUUUCUGUAGCACUAUUAAAAUGGUCAUGAUAAUGCCAUAUUUCCUUCUGUACAACUGGCCGGAUUUCAACAUUUAUUGAGAGUUUACCAUGUAGCACCAGAAGGAAAGCUCUUUGAGUGCAGGGAUGUGUAUGUGUGUGUGUGUGUGUGUGUGUGUGUGUGUGUGUGUGCAUGCACGCGCACGUGUGUAUUUAAACUGCUGAAUCCAGUGCCUACAACAGUGUCUGGCACAUAACAGGGAUUCAAUAAAUAUUUGUUGAUUGACUGAAUGACUGCUAGACUCUGGCUAGACCCUGUAGAUGAGAUGUGUAAGAAAUGCGUCCUGACCUCAAGAAGCUCACAGUCUAGCAGAAGAUGCAGGCAUGAAAUCAAGCAAUAAAGUGAUUCUCAGAAGGGGGUCCCUGGACCAGCAGCAUUAGCCUCGCCUGGGGACUCGUUAGAAGUGCAAGUUCUCAGGCCCACCCAAACCUACUGAGUCAGAAACUCUGGGGGUGGGGCCCAGCAUUCCCUCCAGGUGAUUCUGAUGACCCUCAAGGUUGAGAAACGCCCUAUGGAUGUGACCGUAGGAACAGUGGUGGCACAAAAGAGGGCAAGCAUACACUCUGGUGAGUCAUGGAGAAAGGGUCUUGUAGAAGUGGAGGUCCUGAAGGGACUACAGGGUGUUGCCAGGCAAACAGUGGGGGUGUGAGAUGAACUUCUGGGAGAAAGUAAUGGAGAUAGAUGGUCACACUGGGAAGCAGGAAAGGGAAGUGUCAGGGACUCUCACAGAGAUUGCUGAGCUGUACCAAGAGCGCCCUGGGGUAGCCCCCUGCCUAAAAUCUAGGAAUUCACAGUCAGGAGGGUUCAUCCCUUAGCGUGAAAAAUCAAAAUUUGCACUUAAAAAUACAUCAUCCUUAAUUUCAAAGAUGGGGAGGAUAAUAGUGAAUUCAUAAUUUGAAAAAAAGCUCUGCAUUUGUUUACUGCCAAGUGACAAUAUGCCACCUGGAGGCGGGGUGAGUGUGGGCCUGGCUCGCCACCCAGCUGUCAGGUAGAGUACAUGCAGGUUUACAUGUACUGUUCCAUUGCAUCACUACCAAAGCUUUUUCUUUUAUUCAGCUUUUCUAUGGGUUUCUCUUCCUCAGUUGCUUACUGAGUUUGAGAAUAUACCUUCUCUCAUAAAUCUUCCUCGUUUUAUGCAUGAACAGUUCAGCUUUAAGAUCUGCCACAACAAUCUGCUUUUGACCCACUUUAGAGCAAUUUUUUUAAGUUCUGGUAUUGCCAAUAGUGGCCACUUGGCAUCUAGCUGAGGCUAUUACUGUUGCUUUUUAGGAUUAAGCAACAGUUUAGAACCUUCAUUUCAUGUGUAAUAUUCUUUUUUUUUUUUUUGCGGUACGCGGGCCUCUCACUGUUGUGGCCUCUCCCGUUGCGGAGCGCAGGCUCCGGAUGCGCAGGCUCAGCGGCCAUGGCUCACGGGCCCAGCCGCUCCGCGGCAUGUGGGAUCUUCCCAGACCGGGGCACGAACCCGUGUCCCCUGCAUCGGCAGGCAGACUCUCAACCACUGCGCCACCAGGGAAGCCCCAUGUGUAAUAUUCUUAAGGUUUUUUUUUUUUGCUAUCAUUUAAAAUUAUAACAUUUCUUUUUUUAAACAUAUUUCUGAUAUACAAGAAAACUUAAAAGCCCCAUUAAUCAGUAUCAGUUGAAAAUGAGACCCAUUUAAAAUGGAAUACCCUUUAGAACCCUGUCCAUAAAAAUAUAUUUACUCUAUUCAAUGAAUUGCAUUUAAAUAGACUCAGAUUUCAAAGGAACCUAGAUCUCAUCUGUUUAGAAUACUCCUUUAUAGUUCUGGAAACAGAAGCAUCCAGAAGGUGAAUGAUUUCUUCAAGUCUAGUUCAGAAUGUCACAAGGGCCUAAAUCAGUAUCAGUUUUUUUGGUCCAUUUUCAGUUUUGCUUUUAAUGUAAGUACACAUUUGUCCUGUACAUGUUGACAUGUUGGCUGAUUUUAACAUGUAUGUGACAGUAAUAAAAGACUUCCAUUACUAUAAAUUAAGUCAUUUUUUAGUAAAAUUACACCUACACAUUUUAAAUGAGCAAAUAGUCCUAUAAACCUUACUUUGAAACAGUAAGUCUCAUGCUGUCCUCUGUAUCACCCCACCCCAGAGGCCACCAGGCUCAAUUAUUUUAGCUGAUUAUUUUGUAUUUAUCUCCAAAUCUCCAAAUCACAUGUUCCUUACUAGUGUUUCACUUUUAGGUAUUUUCUUUUGAAUACCAUUAUGAAAGCUUUCUUUCACCUCACUUUCUCCACACACUUCCAUCUUUCCAUCCUCCCCAUCUUCUUUUUAUUUUGGUGCCAUCAAUAUUCAUUGUUUGGUAUUAUGACUAUGUAAAUGCUACUCACAGGUUCGUCAUGUUGUGCACUGUGAUUACUUUCCCUUUCCUUAUAAAAUUUAUUUUUCUGAAUUUAAAAUUUGACAUUUUUUGAAGGGGGGGAGCUUGGUUUUCUAUAUUUUAUUGCUAACCUGUAGCCAAACUCUUCUCCCAGUUGUGUGACCAACUCUUCUCCCAGUUGUGUGACCUUCUCUCAGUAUGUUGAAGCAUAUUGAGUGUCCUAAAAGGCUCUUCUUAUUGAAGAAAUCCCUCCUAGAGCCUCUGACCACCUCUUGCCUGGGCUAAUUGGUCACUAGACCUUCUGCACUGCUGGCUUCCCGGAAUCUUCCUCCACAGCUCUCCUAGAGGGAGUUGGGGGGCAUUCUUCACCCUUUCCUUGAAUUGGAACACCUGUUUCCUGGAAUCCAGUCUUUUUCUCAGUUUGGUGGGCAUAUUUUUCAGGUCUCUGAGAAAAGGGUACAUGGUGGUGGGAUGACUGUCAGACAAGACUAUUGUAGGGGAACAUUUUCGAUGCUAUGAGUAUCUGCAGAUGUCUUUAUUCUACCCUCACUUUAAUUGAUAGUUUGUUGGAUGUAGAAUUCUAGAUUGGGAAUAACUUCUCCUCAGAAUUUUGAAGGCAUUGUUUCAUGAUCCUAGUUACACUACUAGAAUAAGUUUCAAGGUUUGGGUUGUCAAUCAGACUCACAGGAAUCAAUGAAGGGGGACUUCCCUGGUGGCGCAGCGGUUAAGAAUCCGCCUGCCAAUGCAGGGGACAGUUCGAGCCCUGGUCCGGGAAGAUCCCACAUGCUGCGGAGCAACUAAGCCCACGCCACAACUACUGAGCCUGCACUUUAGAGCCCGCGAGCCACAACUACUGAAGCCCGUGCGCCUAGAGCCCGUGCUCCGCAGUAAGAGAAGCCACCGCAAUGAGAAGCCUGCGUGCAGCAACCCAAUGCAGCCAAAAAUAAAAAUAAAUACAUAAAUUUAUAUUAAAAAAAAAGAAUCAACAAGGGUUACUUGGCAGCAGAUGUUUAGAACAACGUAGAACACAGCACAGCCUCAUGCACUGCAGCAGCCUCCCAAGACCUCACGUUCACAUGCACAGCUUCCAAAAUGUCACCAUUGAGUCCUCCUUUCUCUUUGUCCUAUAAGUUUAUGUUUAAAACACAACUCCUUUACUUUCCUUUUAUGAUUUUGGGGGAGAAAAAAGAGGUAAAUUAAUGUUCUUUCAUUUCCAUUUUUGUAUUUUCUUUAAUGUUUUGGCUUUAAGCAUGAAAUGCCUUUCCCACAGUCAUUUUAAACAUUUUUAUUAAUAUAUUUAGUAUAAAUAGCCACCCCCUAAUAUCAUUAUGUAUCUUUUCCUUGGGGAUAAGCCCCAAAGAUAUUGUGUCAGAGAAGUAUGUGUUCUUCUGCUUAGGGCUAUUUUAAAGACUUGAUGCAGAUGAGAAAUACCUGAAAAAUACGGAUUUUCUAAAACACAACCUUUGGGGAUAAAGAAUUAAAUCUUGUUCAACAUCAUA